UCAGUCAAUGUGAUAGCUUGGUUAGUCAGUCAACUUGUCAUUCAAAAGGAAUGGAUGCAAUUUGGUGCGAAUCUGCUGCUGCUGUUCGAUCCCGGGAGGUGAAACAUUGUUGACUGUUUCCAAUCCUGUCGCUGGUUGAGUUGAUGUGGACUCCAGGUCACAAGCGUGCAUAUGUGUGAGUGUCUGUUUGUGAGCAGUGUAAUUUUAAUUCGAAAUAAUAUUGAUGCAACUGCAGAUGAAAUCGUGAAUGAGGCUUUUGGUGGGCCUACCUGAACACACGUUGGCAGAGAGGUGGUGGAAUGUGAGAAAAAUAAACAGAAAGGUGAAAAAUGGCACUGAAGGUCCUGUUCCUGGCGACGUGCGCCCUCACCUGGCUGUACUGGCUGCAAGUGCCCAACGUAUCCAGUUCGUUCUCGUCAGUCACGUGUCACCGAUUCCGGCGAAUCGAACGGACAGUUUUGUACGACUUCGUGACCUACAGCGAGCUGGUGGAUAAGUGGAUGAGCAUUGUAUCGUUUGUGGCGUCCGAUCAGCGGCCGAUGGGAAUCGGGAAAACCUACAAAAUUAUUAUAGAUUCCUCAAUCAUCCUACAUUUAAACGUUACCCACCACACCCCAGGACGUCACAUCGCACUCGAGUCGCAAUCGGGUUUCCUUCGUCCCCACCUGGAACUAUGGUUCUUUGCCCAAAAUCGACAACCAGCACCGAUUUGCCAUAAACCACCUCGGCCUUCUGCGUCAAACGACCCAAUGAACAUCAUCAAUACCAGAAGUAACAGCAGCGGCCAGAACCAAAGUUUUCCCAUCGAAAUAGCAGCAGCAGCAUCCACGAAAUUGCCACCGCAAACGGGUGUUCAUAAUGGCGAUGGUGGUCGCCAUCAUCAUAAUGAUCAUCAUCAUGGUUGUUGGAUUGGGCAGCAAGCGCACUGCCGAGAGAUGAAGGUCAUGGACGUCAGGUGCGGUGAAGCGGUACCCGCAAAUGUCAUUAGUGGCGAUGCGGAACACCAUCGUCGUCGCCGUAGUCAUCAACUGGAGGACCCACAGUCGGAAAAUGACCGGAGUAGUCUGCUGGGUGUGAAGUUUUAUUUCAAACAUAACUCAUUUUUAUUUCAGCAUACUCUUGGCCGCCUGCUGCGCCAAAUGAUCGGACGUCAAUUUCGUCGCUCUCUGCGCCAUCUGGAGUUGAUCCUCGGCGAUAUGGAAACCCUCCAACGGAACUUAUAUCGGUAGACAACAACUUACUAAAUCCACUCUGCCAGUGGAUUCUCCGUUGGCCGUUGGAAUCGCUGCAACAGAGGAGCCGCUGUCGCGUUGUAUGCCAGCUGGAUUAUAUCGGUUACCACCUAAAAUUUGAUUCACCGUUACUUCACUGAUCAAUUGAUCAAUCCGGAAUGGAUUCAAACCUUUAUCAAUCCUCCGAUGCCAUUCGUUAAAAUACUUGGAUCCAUUCCAGUUUUGAUGACUUCCCGUCUAUUUUGUGAACUUAACCUCGUGAAAGCAACUAACCAACUGAUUGAUGCAAAGCACGUAAUGGACGCUGGCUAGCAACUGUUCUGCCUAGAUUAACAUCAACCAUUCAGCAGCAAUACAUCACGUUAAGGUCAGGAUAAUUAAACUUAAUUCAAAAAUUAGUUAGGCAAUA